AUGAGAUGUGGUUCACUGAUAACCCGAGUGAAACUGAAGGAUCCAACUAAGUUGGGGAAACUAGAUGUGGAGAAUGAAAUCUUGCGUAUAAUGAAGUUAAAACCAAAGUUGGAUAGAGAGAUUGAAAGAAAUGUUGAGGACUUGUACGGAAAGAAUAGGCAAGAAAAUAGCACAGAUGCACUGAAGGAGAAUCGCAUAGCACAAACAAGAAGAGAUGAAGUAUUGGAAGAGCUUUCUGACUUGCAGGUUAAACAUGAAAAGCUUGUUAGCUUCAUUGAAGAAAAAAGCAAAAAACUUCAUGCAGCUGAUCUGAAAAUCAUUUCAUUUAACAAAGCAUUAAAAAGUGAGGACGAACGUGGUGAUGAUAAGCAGGAGAAAGAGGAAUGUGAGAAAGGUGAGAAAAGUGGAAAAGGUGGUGAUGUGGAUGAUAGUGAUGAUGAUGAUAACGAUGAGAAAGAUAAGAAAGGUGGGAAAGGUGGUGAUCUGGAUGAUGAUGAUAGUAAUGAUGAUGAUGAGGAAGGUCAGAAAGGUGUUGAUCUACAUGAUGAUAGUGAUGAUGAUGAGGAGGAGGAGGAGAAGGGUGGCAAAGGUGGUGAUCUACAUGAUGAUGACAAUGACAAAGAGGGUAGGAAAGGUGGUGAUGAGGAGGAUAGAACUGAAUCCUAA